AGGUCUUUCAACUGUCCAGUUAUUUCUUUAGCCUGAAGAAAGGAAAAUAAUAACGAUUUACUUGAAGGUUUGGACGUCAGGGCCAUCCUCAUCAGGAUAAGAGACAAGAUCAUGGAGAAAGUUGACAUAGAAGCGAUCACGAAUUACAUCCGUGAAAAGCUGGGAGAUAAGUCUGAACUUGUGAGAAAACUUCUUGAGAUCAUCAGGGAUAGGGGACUCGAUGCGUUGAAAGGAUUAAUAGAUACAAUUCUGGGCAUCGAAGGUCGAUAUUCCAUCGUUGAACUUUGGGAAAAGAUUAAGAACUUCUUUAAGGACUUGGGUCUCCAAAUCAAAGAAAAAUUCUUCAGAUUUGCUGAGUGGGUAAAGACCAUUUGGGGUGCUGGUUUAGAAGCUGCAAAGGAUAAGCUUGCCAAGGUUAAGAUCAUUGCCCAAGAGGUAAGAACAAUUAAUGUAGUAAAACCUUAGUAUCACUUUAUACAA